CAUGUUAGUUAAUUAUUUCAUUUAAUCAUUAAACCUGAACAGCUUUAGUCAACAGAAAUGAAAAUUUGCUCCUAGUACUCCAACUGUGCGACAAUGCAGCUUUCCCUGAACUCAUAAAAACCACACGAAAAUAGAACUCAGUGUUUUCUAUUAGAGAACACAGCUUAGACAACUCAUCUGGAACAUAUAGGAGAAUUUUGCAUCCAAUGUUAAACCAGAAAAGGUAAGAUACAGUGAGAACGCACGGUGGCGCUGCAGGUUAAGGUGAUGAAAACCAGAACUGCCUCCGUAGCUCCAGUAUCCAGCCAGUUUCACACUGCUUGGAAGCUGAAGACUAGCUUUCUCAGUCAGAGCAAAAGUGAGUGUGAAACCUCUUUAAAACAAUAUUUAGAGACAUAGUUCUGACCUUCUAGACUGCAGGACCGGACUACCAGGAUCUUGGGCAUAUAUGAGCUCCUAUGAACUCAGUUUUCAGGAGAGCGCAAUGGAGAUUGGAUGCAUGUGCAAUCGGAGACAAAGGCAAGUCCUAGUUUUCUUUGUUUUGCUGGGCAUGUCUGGGGUGAUCGCUGAGCUGGGGCCCUAUUUGGUAGUGGAAGAAACAGAGAGAGGCUCCUUUGUGGCAAAUUUAGGAGAAGAUUUGGGGUUGGGGUUGACAGAGAUAUCCACCCGCGCAGCCAGGAUCAUUUUCCAGGGGAACAAAGAGCAUCUGCAGCUCAAGGUUCAGACUGGAGAUUUGCUCAUAAAUGACAGACUAGAUCGAGAGGAGCUAUGCGGUCCAACUGAACCUUGCAUACUGCAUUUUCAAGUGUUAAUGGAAAAACCCUUAGAGAUAUUUCAGGCAGAACUGAGGGUGCAAGACAUAAACGACAAUUCCCCCACGUUCGCUGAAAGAGAAAUGAUUCUAAAAAUACCGGAAAACAGUCCUUUAGGAAUUGCAUUCCCUCUGAGUAAUGCUUUGGACUUGGAUGUAGGCAGCAACAACGUUCAGAACUAUAACAUCAGCCCCAACUCCCAUUUCCGGGUUCUAACCCGCAAUCGCAGCGAUGGGAGAAAAUACCCUGAGCUUGUGUUGGACAAAGAGCUGGAUCGGGAGGAGGAGCCUGAAAUCUCUUUAACCCUGACGGCGCUAGACGGCGGCUCUCCGCCUCGGUAUGGGACCGCCCAGUUGCGCAUUGAAGUGGUGGACAGCAACGAUAACGCGCCUGAGUUUGAACAGUCGCUCUACAAGGUGCAUGUUCCUGAAAACAGCCCCGUAGGCUCCCUGGUUGUCACUGUCUCUGCCACUGAUGCAGACAGCGGAGUCUAUGGGAAAAUAUCAUACACAUUCUUUCAGCCUUCAGAAGAUAUUAGUAAAACUUUGGAGGUAAAUCCUAUGACAGGCGAAAUUCGACUGAGAAAACAAUUAGAUUUUGAAACGGAUCUGUCUUAUGAAGUGGACAUCAAGGCCACUGAUGGGGGAGGUCUUUCAGGAAAAUGCACUCUUCUCCUGCAGGUAAUGGAUGUGAAUGACAAUCCCCCAAAAGUGACAGUGACUGCACUCAACAGUCCCAUCCCAGAGAACUCCCCUGAGAGUGUAGUUGCUGUUUUCAGUGUUUCAGAUCUUGAUUCAGGGGACAAUGGGAAAACAAUUUCCUCCAUCCAGGAUGACCUUCCUUUUACUCUAAAGCCUUCGGUCAAGAACUACUACACCCUGGUAACAGAGAGCCCGCUGGACCGAGAGGAAAGAGCCGAGUACAACAUCACCAUCACCGUCUCCGACCUGGGGACCCCCCGGCGGCACACCCAGCACAACCUGACCGUGCGCGUGGCCGACGUCAACGACAACGCGCCCGCCUUCAGCCAGCCCGCCUACACCCUGCGCGUCCGCGAGAACAACAGCCCCGCCCUGCACAUCGGCACCGUCCGCGCCACCGACGCCGACGCGGGCGCCAACGCCCAGCUCACCUACUCGCUGCUGCCGCCCUCCGACCCGCACCUGCCCCUCGCCUCGCUCGUGGCCAUCAACCCCGACACCGGCCAGCUCUUCGCCCUGCGCGCCCUCGACUACGAGGCCCUGCGCGCCUUCGACUUCCAGGUGCGCGCCGCCGACCGCGGCGCGCCCGCGCUCAGCAGCCAGGCGCGGGUGCGCGUGCUCGUGGCCGACGCCAACGACCACGCGCCCGUCGUGCUCUACCCGCCGCAGAACGCCUCGGCGCCCUGCCCCGAGCUGCUGCCCCGGGCGGCCGAGCCGGGCUACCUGCUGGCCAAGGUGGUGGCGGUGGACGGCGACGCGGGCCAGAACGCCUGGCUGUCCUACCGCCUGCUGCAGGCCACCGAGCCCGGGCUCUUCGGCGUGGGCGCGCACAGCGGCGAGGUGCGCACGGCCCGCCCGCUGAGCGAGCGCGACGCGCCCCGGCAGCGGCUGCUGCUGCUGGUGCGGGACCACGGCGAGCCGCCGCUCUCGGCCAGCGUCGCGCUGCACGUGCUGCUGGUGGACGGCUUCUCGCAGCCCUACCUGCCGCCGCCCGAGGCCCCCGGCCGCGCGCCGGGCGCCGGCGCGGACGAGCCGCUCACCGUCUCGCUGGUGGGGGCGCUGGCGUGCGUGUCGGCGCUGCUGGUGGGGGCGCUGCUGGCCUUGGGGGCGGGGCGGCUGUGCCGGCGGGGCGGGGCGGCCUCGGCGGGGGGCGGCUCGGGGCCCGCGGAGGGCGGCGUCGCGGGCCAGCUGCUGGACGUGGGCGGCACGGGGACCCUGGCCCACGGCUACCGCUACGAGGUGUGCCUGGCGGGGGGCACUGGGACCACCAGCGAGUUCAAAUUUCUAAAACCAAUUAUCCCUAAUGUCUCCUUUCAGAGUACAGGGCGGGAAGUGGAAGAAAACCCCUCCUUUCGGAAUAGCUUUGGGAUUUAGUUAUUGAUAGGAACCUAUUUCAUAAAGACAUGUACUUAUUUUUUGCUUAAUUAUAAAUUUUGCCCACUACCACCAAUAAGAUAUGCUUUAAUUAUCUCUAUUUUGUUAAUCCUCAAUUUCCAAGUGUACUCUACUUCACAGGUUUCCUCUCCUUCAUAUUUUAGCCCACGAAGUAUUUCUCACUAGAAUCCCUAUGAGUGAAAUACGCUUUAUUGUCAAAGUUGAUGCUACUUUAAAAAUUUCCCCCUUUAUAGAUAUCUUUACUGACCUUGUGUUUACAUUUUAAACUUCAGUUCCUUUUCUAGAACUUAUUCAAUUAUUAGAAUAAUUGCCGAAUGUGAUCUAUAUAUUUACUAUUUGAUAUUUACUAUUUUUCUUUCAAGCCUGGUAUUUUUCUUGGUUUGUCAACCUCAAUUUUCAUUAUAGCGAUUUUCUUAAAUUGUGGUGUUUUUUUUUAAAUUAGCUUUCCCUGUGUUGGUAUCAGCUUAUUUAAAAUAUAGUAUUUCCACUGUGUGGUCUGAUGAAUCUCUAGUGAGCCUUAUCUGAAAAUAAGAAACACAAUUGUAAUAUGUUGAGUGUGUGUAUAUGUUUAUGUUUGGAGACAAAGCAAAAUUUAGGAGUUUAUAGUAUCACAUAGAAAUAUUUAAUAAAUUGCUGCUUUUAAUUCUGUAUGAAAAGAGUCAGAGAUCCCUGUUAAGCUUUUAAUGACUAACACCGCCGUCCUAUUUAGUUGUAAGAACAAUAGAAGUCAACAAGCAGAGGUUCAUAUGAUAUGCCUUUGAUAUUCAACAACUACAGUGUUUUGCAUAUUACCUAUCAUUUCCCUAUGUAAUUACUCUCAGUUUAAUCUGUAUCGUUUGCUUAUUAUGGGAAAAAUAGAGCUUCUUUCUAGAUAUUAGGCCUUUGAAUAAAAUCAUGAGUCCCGUGA